AUAAAUAAAGAAAAUAACUGGAGCCCGAGCAGGGACCGCAUAACAAGGAUUCCGGAUAUAAAAUCCUUCUAUAAGUCGGUCGUAAAAUGUACAAGGGACAUAGUCUCAUAAAACAAAACACACCUUCAUAGAAAGAUACAUAAAUAAAGAAAAACAGUGAAAAAUUUAUAAUAAAGUGAAAAAUUAGAAAAAGAAAAAAAUUAUAAAAAUGGCAACUUUAGCAGAAGUAGCAGCUAUGCAAGUAGUAAAAGCAGAUCUACAACGAAGGAUGUGUAUACAAGAAAACGAUCAUCUGAGCCUCCCACCUCCAUCAACGGAUUACAAAUGUUCAUUUACAAGUCCAGAAGAAAUUGAUUUAAAUAUGUUUAAAAUCCUCACCACAUUCAACGGAGACCAGAAGAGAUUAAUGGAUAGUAUCAAGAACUUCGAAGGACAUAAUAAAUAUAUCCAAGCACUCAUGAUGAUGCAGUCAAAAAUUAUUGGAACAGCCGCACCAGUACUGAUAAAUAAUAAUAGCAAACUAAACUUCAAUUAAAGCAGUUCGCACAUUUAUAGCAGGACUCAGAAGCAUAGCAAUAAAGAAUGCUCUAUACUCCAGAGGAUGUAAGAACAUAGUGGAACCAUACGCCAUAGCACGUACUAUGCAACACGAUGCGCAGUACCAGUUCCUAGAGUACUCACCAAGGAUUCAUCAACCUACAAAAAAUCCAUAUGUUCAACAACAGCCGUUCAACCAGCCCAGGAAAGCAAUAGAGCCGAUGGAUGUAGACUCGUCUUUCCAAUACAGAUGACCUACACAACAUCAACAAGCAACAACAAACAACGGCCAGCAAGCUCAACAACUCCAACAGCAAGGACAAUGCUUCAAUCCUUUCCGAAAUCCCAUAAACAAUUUCAGGAAACGAGAUCGAGAAAAUUCAUUUAACCAGCAACGAUUGAAAGACAGGAAACUCAAUCAAAUCACCAGAGACGAGCACGGUAAUGAUUCCCUCUACAAUGAACAGUCAACUAGUGAGCACAGCCGUCAGAAACAUUUUUUAUACUAAGGAAUGGGUUGCCCACACUCCAAAGGACAUCACCUGAUGGCAAUCCAGUAUAUUUAUUAAUAGACACAGGAUCUGAAGAAAAUUAUAUUUCAUCAGAGUAUACAAUCCCUCAGCUAUUGUGAAAAAUGCGAGGGCGCAGUUAUACCACACCUCGUCGUCGUGGUCCUAAACUGCCACUACCAGAACCAUGUCGAGGAAGCUAUGAAGAGGUCUCAGAGUCACCUUACUAUACUAUUGAUAAUACGGAAGACAUUUAUGGCACAACCCUCUUGCCGUCGGAGCGCUGUUAUGUGGAUCCGUGGGAUUUGGAGAAUUACGACUAUGUCAGAAAAAAGUUGGAUUCAACGCCAGAACGUAGUUUCCCUGAGCCUUACUAUGAAACAUCGUUGCCGAUUUGCCCCUAUAAUAGUUCACGGCCAAAAAUGCAUGAGGAGAUACCGGUGGUACAACAAAAGCGCAUGGCCAAAACUAUGCCACGAAAUCCACGUCGUUCCCAUUGGAACCAGUCAUGUCAGCUGCGUUGUUGCACAUCAUCAAAACAAAUGUUACGUCCAUAUCGGUAUGAAGAUACUCGAAGUGAACUUUUGGGUGUUGGUCGUGGCAAAUACGAAGAUUAUAUGUCGCGCGUUAUGAUGAAUCUAGAAACCGAAGAGGAUGCAUACAAUGGUUAUGGGGGCGUUUCAUCAUCAUCUUCCACGGAGUUGGAUAGCUCUAUUGGAGAAGGAUAUUAUCAAGCACCGUCAAUAACUUCGAACAAAACUUCUGCCCUAACAUUACCAUCAUAUGGCCGACCUUCACCACAAUUGCAGUUCCCAGCGCCUCCCUCACUUCCACCAUCAACCUUCUCGCAUGAUUACUCCACUCCUUAUGAAACUCUACCACAUUGUAGCGUUUCUGAUUGUUAUGAUUGCUCUAUGAUCUAUGGCUCUCCACAACCUGUAUAUAAUUUAUACAGUGGUACCGGAGAGUGCAGCAAUAAAGGAAGUUCUAUUUACAGCAGCACAAGACCGUCCUCUUCACUCUACAAUGGAAUUUACGGACAUAAAUUCGGGUUGAGUAAAAAGGGACUUCUGCAAAUUGACUACUCCUGCAGUUGGAAUGAUCUGGAUCGUAUUAUGAGCCGCCAUUUCUAAAUAUACAUAUGAACAGCUUCGGAAAGA